AUGACACACGACAAAAGUUGGCGGAGAUGCUCAACCUCGGGGAGUACCAAGUGCAGGUGUGGUUCAAGAAUCGCCGGGCCAAACGCUCUAGGGAGCGGUUAUUCCAGCAGCAGCUCCAGCAGUUCCAGCAGCAUCCUCAGCAGCAGCAGCCCCAGCAGCAGCUCCAGCCCCAGCAACCCCAGCAGCCCCAGCAGCAGCUCCAGCCCCAGCAACCCCAGCAGCCCCAGCAGCAGGUCCAGCCCCAGCAACCCCAGCAGCCCCAGCAGCAGGUCCAGCCCCAGCAACCCCAGCAGCCCCAGCAGCAGGUCCAGCCCCAGCAACCCCAGCAGCAGGUCCAGCCCCAGCAACCCCAGCAACCCCAGCAGCCCCAGCAGCCCCAACAGCAGGUCCAGCCCCAGCAACCCCAGCAGCCCCAGCAGCAGGUCCAGCAGCAGGUCCAGCCCCAGCAACCCCAGCAGCAGGUCCAGCCCCAGCAACCCCAGCAGCCCCAGCAGCAGGUCCAGCCCCAGCAACCCCAGCAGCCCCAGCAGCCCCAGCAGCAGGUCCAGCCCCAGCAACCCCAGCAGCUCCAGCAGCAGCAGCCCCAACAGGAGCAGCAGUGACCCUGGCAGCAGCAGCAGCCCCAGGCAGGAGGCCAGAGCCCACAGAGCUCACACUGUUCCCCCUUUCCCUGAAGCCACGGCCUCUGCCCCCAGUCAGCCUGGCCCCUUGGGAAUUCUCCCAGUGGUGGAACUCAUGAUCUUCAGCCUCCACCAGGCCUGA